CGGACUUCGGAAGCAAAACGUGGUCUGGUCCGUUAUUUAUAUCUGUAUUCUAUAACUCUACUUCUACAGAGCACAGAAUAUAGACCUACACACGAUUCAUCUUCAAUCACAAUGCCCAACGUCCUAAUCACCGGCAGUGCUCGCGGCCUCGGCCUCGAGAUGGUCAAGCGGUUCUCGUCGCAAGGAGAUUUUGUCAUCGCCACAUCUCGAAAGCCCAGUCCCGGGAUCAAGGAAGUCGUUGAGCAGUCGAAUGGUCGUGUCGUGUUUGUUCCGCUUGAGGUCACUGAUGACUCCAGUGUUGCCCAGUCCGUCAAGGAGGUCCAGUCGAUUCUGGGCCAGUCGGGUCUGGACAUCCUCGUCAACUGUGCGGGAGUUAUUGCGGAUUUAGAUGGCAAGGUGGCGCAGAUGGAUGAUCUUGCAUGGCAUAUGUCUGUGAACGUGACAGGCGUGCACAAUGUCACCCGCGCAUACCUUCCUCUGAUGCAGAGCGGACAAGUAAAGAAGGUUAUUAACAUCUCGAGCGCCCUUGGAUCCAUCACGAACGCCCCGCACAUGACCUUCUCUGCUACCCCGGCCUACAAAAUCAGCAAAGCGGCUCUCAAUGCGUUGACGGUGCAAUAUGCCUUGUCCUACCAAGAUGAGGGCUUUACUUUCGUCGCACUGUGUCCUGGCUGGGUUAAAACCGACAUGGGCAGCGAAAAAGCCCAUCUCACAGUUGACGAAGGGGUAAACGGUAUUAUGGAGGUCAUCAACUCUGUCGAGCAGGAAGAUAACGGCAAGUUCAAGAACACUUAUCACGCCGGAUGGGACUUUUACGAUGGCAAGGGAAUUCCUUUCUAAGCAUUUUCUAUUUGUGUUCGGGGAUCCGAACUGUUCCGGAAGGUGGGCCGUCGGCAGUUUGGUUGGGACGAAGGAUUCUGUCAAUCAAUAAUUGCUUAUCAACUUCUCUACUAUUGUGUCGGAAAUCAUUCUACGUAUAUUAGAGAGAAUGUCACAGGGGUAUUUCAUUGGGGAUAUCUUAUCUGCCGUAAGCCCACUUACUACCUUUUCCAACAUAUUGGAUUUCAGUGGGGUGAUUUAGACUUACUCGGUUCUAGUGCGAUCGAUGUCAUUCGAGAAAGGUCUUUGCCCUUCAAUUUUUCUGGUCCAAUUAAUGUUCUUGGCUUAUACAGCCGUAGGUCAAAUGCGAUAGACAGAAAUACUGUGCGAAUUGCGCGGACGCCGGCGUCGAAUGCCAACGGGCUCGGCCGGGAAGGUCAAGGAAAAGACC